AUGCUUGACAAAAUGAACGAACCGCUUCAAGAGCGUAAUCAUCUACUAGUGGAAGCCGUUGCAACCCGAGGUCGACAAGAAGGCCUGCUGCUAGAAACGGAUUUUGAAACGGUAAAACCGCUCUACCACAACGUCACUACGACAUGUGGGUUUCAACUUGGACCUUUAGAGUGGUGCCCAAAUGCUCUUGCUCACUUCAGGGGUGACCUUAAUCCCAAAGAUCAUCCAAUGUCUGGCUUAACACCGGGAGAUGAAAAAAAGAGGAGGGUUGCACAGACCUGGAUGAGAGCAGCCUCCACACCACCCAUGCAGCCAACUGCACCUACGCCCGACCUAAACGGAAUGCCGGGUUACCUUAUCAAACCCCUCGAAGCGGUCGUUGUACUAGGAGCGCACGCCGUCAAGAUCAGGCCUUCAUUAGAGGCUAUCGCCCAGAUGAAAAAGCUCGGAGGUAGUAGUAGUGACCAAGUAGAAAGCGCCGUAAAGAACUAUUUACAUUUUCAAAGGAUAUAA